AGGGUUAGUUGCUUCCGGAGCGGGGCUGCUGGAGCUGCCUCGUGCCGCCUCCCCCUGCGCACAAGGGAUGGCAGCCCUGCCGAAUGACCGGGCGAACGACGAGGAGGAGCUGGUCGAUCUGUCGGCGGAGCUCAAGGCGCAGGACCCGCUGAUGAACAUGAGAAUCAGGAGGAUGAUCGGGGAGCAGUGCUACACUGGCCAAGUGGAAGACAUCGAGGUGGGCACGAUCUCGGGGGAGCGCCUCUACAGGAUACGGUACUGCGACGGGGACCUGGAGCACUACACCGCAAAGCAGGUGAAGGAGUUUCAAGACAAGACUCCGGCGAGCGACGAGACCGCCAGCGUGAUGAAGAAGCCUGCGGCAGCUGUGUCGGUGCAGACUUCGCUGCCAGAAGGGGACCAAGAACAGGUUGCGAAGAAGCCUGCUGCAGCUGAGGAGGCCCCUGAUGGGAUAGAGAUUGAGGAUGCGGAAGAGGCGGAGGAGACUGCUCCUGUCGCGAAGAAGCCAGCGGCAGCCGAGGAUCCGGCGGACGAGGGGGACGAAGUAGAGGAAGAGGAGGCGGCCCCUGCCGUCGCGAAGAAGCCGGCGUCGAAGGCACCGGCAGCAUGCGCGAGUGAGCCGGCCGUCUCCAAGAAGCCGGCCGGCGCCGCCGAGGGCAAGGAGGAGGAGGAGGAGGAGGAGGAAGACCCCGAGGACGAGUUCGACGAGGACGACGACGACGAGGAGGAGGAGGAAGAGGACGAAGAUGGCGAGGAAGAGGAGGCUCCGGCGACCAAGAAGCCGGCUGCGGCCGAUAUGGAGGUUGAAGAGGAGGACGCAGAGGAAGAGGAUGAGGGAGCUGUGGCCAAAAAGCCUGCUAUGGCAAAGAAGCCCGCGGCGGCUGUGGCGGAUGUAGAAGAAGAGGAGGCGGAUGAGGCGGAAGAGGCUGCGGAGGGUGAGGAAGAAGACGCAGAGGACGAGACGGAGGCACCGGCGGUGUCCAAGAAGCCAGCCGCGGCAGCGAAGCUGCCCAUCCGGAAGAGCAUCUCGAAGAUGGUGCUCAAGAAGCCCGCGGGGAAGUGAUGAACCUGCGCCUGGAGGGGAUCCGCUGUGCGCGGAGCGAAGGCGCUCUUCAUUGGGGUGAGGGCCUCUGUGCAUCACAGCAUCCCUCCCGCAUACCGUCGCGCACUAGUAUAUUGUCUCUGAUGAUGCCGCCGCUUCCGCUGCCAUCGCUGCUGUCCAUGCCACCAUGCAGCACUUUUGUAGGAUUCAGAUUCGAAUCGGCUUGGCCGUAUUCUUUUAGCGUUCUUGCGGGUGCAGGCAGCGCAGGCAUUGCUGACUGCUGGGCGUGUGCUAGUCGUCUCAUGGCGCAGCACUUUUUAGCCCCGCCUGGGGAUAGGUUGGUCAGGGGAGACCAAUUGGAGUCAAUUCGCUCGACGUCUUGAGUUGCGGUGCUCUUAUACCCGAGGCGACUCCACCAUCAGUAAAA